ACCUUUUACUACUCACUACUUGCGUGGGGAAUCAUCAUCGUCUUCGUCUACAAAAUCGUUAUACUACUUUAUUAUUACUACACGUACACGUUUCCCCCACCCCAACUGAGGAAGGGAACCGAUCUCGCUCUCUCGCUCUCGCGCUCGCGGAGGAAAACCCUAGAUUUUUGAUCCGUUGAGCAUGGCCGGGAUCCGCGUCUCCAUGGACGUCGGAGGCGACGGGGUCGCCGUGAUCACCAUCUCCAACCCCCCCGUGAAUGCGCUGCAUCCCGCGAUUAUCUCUGGAUUGAAGGAGAAGUAUGCUGAAGCAAUGAACAGAGGCGAUGUCAAAGCCAUCGUGCUAACCGGUGACAAUGGCAAGUUUUCUGGAGGAUUUGAUAUCAAUGUUUUUGCCCAGAUACAUAAGACUGGAGAUCUCUCGAGUCUUCCGGAUGUAUCUGUUGAACUCGUGGUGAACAUAAUGGAAGAUGCUAGGAAGCCUUCUGUUGCAGCCAUUCAGGGUCUCGCUCUGGGUGGUGGCCUGGAAUUAGCAAUGGGUUGCCAUGCUCGCAUAUCUACCCCAGAAGCUCAACUUGGCUUGCCAGAAUUGACUCUUGGAGUUAUUCCUGGAUUUGGAGGUACCCAGCGUUUGCCAAGGCUCGUGGGGUUGAAAAAAGCCAUAGAGAUGAUGCUGCAAUCAAAGUCGAUCACGGCUACAGAAGGGAAAGAAUACGGCCUUAUAGAUGCCCUUGUCUCUCCAAAAGAGUUGAUUGAGAUAUCACGACAGUGGGCUUUAGAUAUUGCAGAGCGCCGAAAACCUUGGAUUAGUUCUCUCCGUCGAACAGACAGACUUGGGUCUCUUUCUGAAGCACGUCAGAUCUUGCAAGCUGCGAGGCAGCAGGCUAAGAGGAUAGCUCCUAAUAUGCCCCAACACCAAGUCUGUCUCGAUGCAAUCGAAGAGGGUGUUAACUUCGGAGGAUAUGCUGGUGUUCUGAAGGAAGCAAAGCUUUUCAAGGAGUUGGUGCUGUCAAGCACUUCAAAGGGGCUUGUUCAUGUCUUUUUCGCACAACGUGCUACUUCAAAGGUACCAAAUGUUACUGAUGUUGGUCUGAAACCAAGGCAGAUAAAAAAAGUUGCUGUGAUUGGUGGCGGUCUAAUGGGUUCUGGAAUAGCGACUGCUCUUAUUCUAAGUAAUAUUCCUGUUGUGCUUAAGGAGGUUGACACCAAGUUUCUACAGAGAGGACAGAAACUAAUAGCAGCAAAUCUAGAAGGCUUAGUGAAGAAAGGCUCUUUGACACAGGAUAAGAUGAAGAAAGCCUUAUCACUUCUCGAAGGUGUCUUGGAUUACUCGGAAUUCAGGAAUGUUGAUAUGGUUAUAGAGGCUGUCAUUGAAAAGAUUCCGUUGAAGCAGUCAAUAUUUGCUGAUAUUGAAAAAGCCUGUCCUCCCCACUGCAUUCUGGCCACCAACACUUCGACCAUUGAUCUAAAUAUUGUUGGAGAGCGAACGCAUUCCCAAGAUCGGAUUAUUGGGGCUCAUUUUUUCAGUCCUGCUCAUGUAAUGCCUCUACUGGAAAUUGUCCGGAUGGAGAAAACAUCGCCGCAAGUAAUCCUGGAUCUCAUGAAUGUUGGGAAGAUCAUAAAGAAGGUCCCUGUUGUAGUUGGAAACUGUACAGGCUUUGCAGUCAAUCGCACUUUCUUCCCAUACUCCCAAGGAGCACAUCUCCUAGUUCAUCUGGGUGUGGAUGUGUUCAGAGUUGAUCGCGUAAUAAGCAAGUUUGGCAUGCCAAUGGGUCCCUUCCAACUCCAAGAUGUGGCUGGUUAUGGAGUGGCUUUGGCAGUAAAAGAUAUAUAUGAUUCUGCUUUUAAGGGUCGGCUAUUUAAAUCUGGCCUAGUUGAAUUGAUGGUUGAAAAUGGAAGACAAGGCAAGAGCAAUGGUAAAGGUUACUACAUAUAUGAAAAAGGUAGCAAACCGCGACCCGAUCCUAGUGUACAUUCGAUUAUCGAAGAAUCUAGAAGACGAACCAACAUCAUGCCUGGUGGAAAGCCCAUUAAUGUCAGCGACCAGGACAUUUUGGAGAUGAUUUUCUUCCCAGUUGUUAAUGAGGCAUGCAGGGUCAUGGAUGAGAAUAUUGUAGUUCGAGCAUCGGAUCUUGAUAUUGCAUCUGUUCUUGGAAUGGGUUUCCCUAGAUACAGGGGUGGCCUUGUUUUUUGGGCUGAGACUGUUGGAGCACCAUAUAUAUAUUCACGGCUAAACAAAUGGGCUGAGCUUUAUGGUGGGUUCUUCAAACCAUCACCAUAUUUGGAAGAAAGAGCCAAAAAUGGCCUGCCAUUGAGCUUGCCGAGUACAUCUUCAUCGCAAGCGUCAAGGGCGCGCUUGUAAGCGAUUCUUCCCCAGUUGCCAGAGAUUCCAAGAGCCUUCCCCUAUCAGUGUCCUCAGCUCCUUUCAUAAUAGCUGUCGUAUUACUACGAAGAAUCCGCCUUUUUUCUUUUUAUCUUUUUGAUUAAGGAUCAUAAACAAUAAUCAUCAAUAUUCUGAAUAAUAAGCUCUUCAAUAAGUUCUCUUAUCUGAAGCUUGUAAAACGUAUGUAAAUUUUAACUGAUGUUCAAGUAGCUACUGAGUCCCAUGUUUAAUCUCCCUCUGAGAGUUCAUGUUGCUUUGUGUGUACUGUGGCUAUUUUCUCAAUAUGCUGAUUACUACAACUUAAGUAUCUAA